ACUGAGUCCUGAACCCUGAGGCUCCUCCGCGCAGCCGCUUUUCUCGCGGCAGCCUCCGCGCCGUACGCCGCCUGCCCACCCGGGGCACCGCUGCCCUCGCCCCCGUCUCUCUUGCUUGCCCGCCGGGCUGUGGGCUGCUCCUCUGGGAGCCCGCCGGGAACUCGCGCUCCCGCGGCGCCCGACGGGGCCGGCUGGGGCCAUGGUGCCCUCUCCCGCGGACCCCGCCGCCGCUAAGGGGACGAGCGAGACAGAGUCGCUCGGCCCCGCGCCCUUGGGGGCUGCUCCUCUGCCCGGCCUGGGACCGUCAGACGGUCCCGAGGCGGCCGCCGAGAAGGUAGAAGUAGAGGUAGACUUGGCGGAGCCGGCGGGCGCAGAGCCCCCUCAGCCUCCCGAGGGCGGCUGGGGCUGGCUGGUGAUGCUGGCGGCCAUGUGGUGCAACGGGUCGGUGUUUGGCAUCCAGAACGCCUGCGGGGUGCUCUUCGUGUCCAUGCUGAAGACCUUCGGGUCCAAGGACGAUGACCAGAUGGUAUUCAAGACAGCAUGGGUAAGUUCUCUCUCCAUGGGGAUGAUUUUCUUUUGCUGCCCAAUAGUCAGCGUCUUUACAGACAUAUUUGGUUGUCGGAAAACAGCUGUUAUGGGUGCUGCUAUUGGAUUAAUUGGACUCAUGUCCAGUUCGUUUGUAAGUUCCAUCGAACCUCUGUACCUUACCUAUGGAAUCAUAUUUGCCAGUGGCUGCUCCUUUGCAUACCAGCCUUCAUUGGUCAUUUUGGGACACUAUUUCAAGAAGCGACUUGGAUUGGUGAAUGGCAUUGUCACUGCUGGCAGCAGUAUCUUCACAAUUUUGCUGCCUUUCCUUUUAAGGGUUCUGACUGAGAGUGUGGGCCUCUUUUACACACUGAGAAUCCUCUGCAUCUUCAUGUUUGUUCUCUUUCUGGCUGGCUUUACUUACCGACCUCUUGCUUCCAGUGUCAGAGAGAAAGAGAGUGGAAUCAAAGGAGGCAACAGAUCCUCCCUCUUUUCCAGGAGAAAGUUCAGACCUCCAAAAAAAUUUUUCAAUUUUGCCAUCUUCAAGGUGAAAGCUUAUGCAGUGUGGGCAGUUGGAAUACCACUUGCACUUUUUGGAUACUUUGUGCCUUAUGUUCACUUGGUGAAAUAUGUGAACGACAGGUUUCAAGAUGAAAGCAAUAAGGAGGUGGUUCUCAUGUGCAUUGGCAUCACUUCGGGAGUUGGACGGCUGCUCUUCGGCCGGCUUGCCGACUAUGUGCCUGGCGUGAAGAAGGUUUACCUACAGGUACUCUCCUUUGUCUUCAUUGGUCUGAUGUCCAUGAUGAUUCCCCUGUGUAGUGUCUUUGGGGCCCUCAUAGCUGUCUGUCUCAUCAUGGGCCUCUUCGAUGGAUGCUUCAUUUCAAUUAUGGCCCCCAUUGCCUUUGAGUUAGUUGGUGCCCAGGAUGUUUCCCAAGCAAUUGGAUUUCUGCUCGGAUUCAUGUCUAUACCCAUGACUGUGGGCCCACCUGUUGCAGGGUUACUUCGUGAAAAGCUGGGUUCCUAUAACGUGGCCUUCUACCUCGCUGGAAUCCCUCCCCUUAUUGGAGGUGCUGUCCUUUGUUUUAUUCCAUGGAUCCAUAGUAAGAAGCAGAGAGACGUCGAUAAAACCGCUGAAGGAGAAAAGAUGGAGAAAAUGUUGGAGAACCAGAACUCUCUGCUGUGAAGUUCAUCUGGACUCUUUAAGAAAGAAUCCGACUCUUAUUUAAUGUCUUCUAUACCUCCUCCAGACUGGACUUGCUUUCAGAAGUUUAAGCAAGUUUUCCUUUUAUAUGAAUUGCAAAUUUAUUUUUUUAAUCACAUCCUAAGAAUAGCACAAUAAUGGGAAAUAGAACACUAAUUACUACAAGAACCAUUUUCUGCCGCUGAAUAGCUGUCUGUUAUUUCCAUGAGUCUGAGGGCAGAGACUCUGGUCCAUGAAAACAUGUCAGAAAGUAAAAUAUUAUGAGAAUUUGAACCUAUCUCAGUAAAAAGCAACUUUGGAAACUGUGAAUGCUAUUUAGCUUCUACAAAUAUUUAAAAAUACCUCAAGCUAUACUUGUAAUAGGUUAGGACUAGAAAUAUUUUUUGUUUUCUCACAUGCUGUUUUUAGUUCUGGUAUCUAUCUCUAUUUUAAUUUCUCUGCUAUUUGGAAACUCUUUACAAAAUUUAAGCCUGGAUUCUAGAUAAUGUGAGAUCUACCUAAACCUCAAGUCUGGGUUAAUUGCUUGCCUGCUGUUAAAUAGGCUAUGGAAUGAAGGUGUUCUGACUGCUCCGGGGUCAGGGAUCUUCUUGGAGCAGAUGCCAACAGUGAUCAGAAUCAGUAUGUGAGAUGAGAAGGAUCCUGUUCAUAAGGGCAGAUCAGUUAAAAAUCUGGCAUUUCUUCCAUUUACGUUUAUUCCCUUUGGCUCUGCAGUGUGUUUUACCUGAGUGGCCAGAAACACCUCAAAUUUCUGAAUUUGUUUAAAUUGUAACAAUAAAGUAAAAUAGAAUGAACGAAAGAUACUCUGGCAGUUUUAACAUAGAAUUUUUUUGACUUCUGAAUUUGUUAGCACUAGGACCUGAUAUUUAAACAAAGCUUACUGAGCAUGUUGUCAAGUUUCAGUUUCAGGCACAAUGGGGGAAAAAAUCUUUGUAUUUGUGAAGAAAAUAUCUAUUUCUGAUAGACACAUUUGCUCAAAUUGGUUUAUGAAAUUAAUGGGUUUUGAAAGGUUAAAAGCAUUUAUAAAGAGAAACAACUCCUACAUUUCCAAAACUUUCUGGCAGAAAUUGGUAUUCAUAUAUAUUUUUCCUAGUGUGUUACCCAUUAACAUUCCCAGUACUUUUUUUCUAUUUGUGCUCAAACAAUUGUAAGCAAGCUAUUAGAGUUUUAAGGACCUAAAUUAAAACCAAAGUCAUGUCAUGACCCAUCCUCCUCUACAAAAAAUAGGAACACUUCCCUCAUUCCUGAAAUUACACUUUAGUACAUUUUUUUUCUUAUUUAGGUCUUUAAAAAUUAAUAAUAUGCAAAGUACAUUUAAAUCCUAAAUAUAGAUGUAUAUUAGAUCUUCCUCAAAUGUAGCUUGUUUACCUGGGAAGAAUGUUGUCUCUUUUUCUUUAGAGAGAAAGACGUCAAUUUGUUUUUCGACUUUUUUAUAUGCAUUCAUUAGUUGGUUCUUGUAUGUGCCCUGACUGGGGAUCAAACCCACAACCUUGGUGCAUCGGGAUGACGCUCUAACCAACUGAGCUACCCAGCCAGGGUGAAUGCCUUCAGGAUCCACCUAUUUCUAAAUUCUUUGUAAGGAGAGAAAGUUAGUCUAUUAUCAUCCUACUUUACUUUUCAGCUACUAGUGUUUCUGAAAGGCAAAGUGCUUCCAUUCCUUGUCUCUAGACAAGGAUGGAGGUACCUGGAAAGCAUGUGGAUUUAGAGUUGAUGGGGAGUAGGCAGGUGUGGCACACAGGAGGCUGGAAGGAAGUGAGGCUAUUAAUUAAGCAGCUUGAAAACCCAGUAACUUUUCCUUUCAGUAUCAGCUUUCUUAUCUGCAACCUUGAAAGUUCAAAGUGUAUAGGCACUAAAUGUGUUUAUUUUAAAUAGGAUUUUAAAUAAUUUUCAUUGUGAAGACAUUCAGCAACUUACUGUGCCAUACACACAGUUGCAACUUAUUACUUCCAAUACUUCCAUAUUUCAUAUUCAGGAGAGUUAGGUAAUUUGUUGUCUGGAAGGCUCUGUUGCAAAAAAUAAGUAAAUAGAAAACCCUACAUUUGAACACACUGCCCUUUUAUGUUCUUAUUUUAAACUUUUAGAAAAUGACCUAGAAAUGAUAAUAUGUUAUCAGGUUUUUCAUUUACUCAUGUCAUUGUAAAGACAUCAUUUCCUCAUUAUUAUCAGUGCUUUUGAGAUCAGCAAAAACAUACAAAUUAAGACCAAUCAUUAAACCUGCCAUUAGAAAAUUUUUUUUACAGUUUUUGCAAGACUCCUAAGACUCCCCCACCCCUAAUUUUACAGAAAGAAUAAUUCUAAACUAGUAUAUUUACUCUGUAAAGGCCUCCAAAGUGCUCUUCCUUUCAAAAUCUGUCUUUUUAGGGAGGGAAAGGUAAUAAUCUGAAACUCAAAGACUUGAUCUUGCAUUGUUAGUUUUCAUAAUAAAAGAGUAAAAUGACUUAAGUAUUUAUAAUAAAACCUAGGUCUCAGUAUUACACAUAUAAUAUUAUGCUUACAUAGUUUUCAGUCUCAUGGAAUGAGUCAAACAGGUUCUAUAGCACCAAGAGAGCUCCACUAUAGUAGAGUACUAUGCUAUAACAUUAUAAAGUUAAAUAGAAAAAGUAUAGAAGGUAAGAUGCUAAAUUCCAUAAAAUUCAUAUUUAGUAAUAUGUUGUUUGGUACAAAAAGUUCUAAAGUCUAAAGGUCUAAAAGUUCUACAAACUAAGAAAAUGAAAAAUACUAAUAUCCAUAAGGAUUCCUGUUUCAGAUCAAGAAAUAUUACUUUAAUCUUUCCAUCAAAGUAAAUCUGUUCUAAUUUCUGAAUGGUUUUACUAUUGCAAUAAAGUGACCUGAUGGGCCUACAUUUUGUUUCUUUGUUCAAUUCAGACACUUUUUUGAGAGGAAAAGAAUAGAGUCUGAACUCUACUUUCCAGCUCAUCACCCUAAUUCUGAUAGGACUCAGCAAAUUCUCACAUUCAAAAAGUUCUUGCAUUUGAGGCCAGCAGUUAACAUCAGAUGGGGAGCAAUUAGUAUCCUUUACAGAAACUGGAUCAGAUGCACAGGUAACAGAUGCCCAGAGAUCUUCCAGAAACAUUUUGGUUAAAUUUUAUUGCAGUGGAUAUUGUUGGGAUCCAUCCAUUUUAGUAGUAAACCAUCCAGGCUGUUGCUACCUUACUCAAAAUUUAUAAAUCUCUUUGAUCACAGUUGCAGUGCUUAGUCAAUAGCCCUACUGCAAGACUUGUAAUUUCCACUGAAAACUGCACAGUGACUGCAUUAAGCUUCCAGUUCUGUUCUUAAAUAGAAACAAGACAUUGUUUGCAUUUCAUAAUCCAUAUAUUAUCUGUUUAUUCAUAUUUGCAGAUGACUACCUGGGCUCUGCCCAAGUAUGGAGAGACCUUUAAUUCUAUUAGCUUCAACCUCUCACACUUUUAAAGUAAGUGGACACUUAGUUGUAGAGCAAACAUAUCUCCCCUUUUCAUACUAUCUUUACUCUUAUCAUUCUUUUUCCCUUUCACUUCCUCCUGUCCUUCAAAAACCUGCAGAAGAGUCAGUCCAUUAACAUCUUGCUUAAUUCUGCUGGCUGCUUAGCUGCACUCCUUGUUGGUCCCUGUGGUUUCUGAGGCUGAAACCCCAUUCAGUUUCUGUAACCUGGAGAGUGGCUUGCUCUCAGCCUUCAGCUUAGGGGCUCUAAUGAUCUACGGUGAAACUUUUUUAAAUUGUGUGAUUAAAAUUUGGGGGGGAAGUAAUAAGUUUCAUAUAAUUGGCAUCUUUUGUGCCAACAUAUAAAACUUUAUUUAAAUGUUUAAGGUAAAUGCUUUGGGAGAAAAGACUAUCCAGCUCUUAGCAUAAAUAUUUUAGGAGGGCACAAUUUAUUACUUUGAUUUUCCUGUUCCUUUAAAGUCUUGCUAAAUCUAGUCCUGAGAGCACAUCAUGGAGGAUGCCUUGGAAUGUAGUGAGCCUUUCAGAUGCAGUUCCCCGUGAACGUGCCUUAGUCUGGGUCACACGUGGUGAGUUUAGAGGUACAAGUGGAAAGUAUAAGCUAAUUAGCUGCAAUUUUUAACUAUGUAAACAAUUUAAAUAUGUAUUUAAAACUUAUUUAAACUCUUUAGGAAAUUUCUAACACUGAACACUUCACAGUGUUGUUGGCAUAGAUAUUAAGGAGCAAUUCCUGUAUUGGGUUAAAGAUGGUUGCUUUUUUCCAAUAUGUGAAAAUUAAGAGGAUGUGAGCUUUAUUACUUUCUUUUUACAUCUGUAUUAUUUUUUAAUUUGAAAGACAAGUGUUGUCUUGGCUAAUAGAAAAAUGCAUCAUCCAUAUAGUUUAAUUAACUCUUAAAGGAAACUCAAACCUUUUGCUUUGUUAUUAAAAGAACAAUUUGCCAUUCAUAGAAGUCUUGCUACUUAACUGACAAUCAUGAAUUCUCAUAUUAUACUCGCUGAUUUUUGUUGAUGGUUUGGUACAAGGGAAAUAAAAAGACCAUCUAGAGUGGAGUUUGACAAUGGUUUGGGGGCAAAGAAUCACAGGAGGACAGCAACAUCAGGCACUUCCUGGGCUCACUACUAUUCCAUAGCCACAGCCAUGCUGAUCAUUUUAUUUGUUGGCAAGGACUAAUGCUUUGUCUUAUAAAUACGCUAGAGAGUGAUAGGUUACAAUUCUCAAGAGUAAAGGGCCAAAUGCCCAUAGCUAAAUGUGAAACCUGAAUACAACUUAGAACCACAAUUACUGAACAAUCCUAAAUGUGGACUUUAUCAGAUGACUCCUGAGACAGUAAAGACCCAUGAAACAAUUCUUGCCACAUCUGUGACUAAGAGAAACCUUGAAAUUUGAGACAUAGUGGUUUACAUAGUAGUUUACUUUACAUGGUAGUUGACUUAGUUUGUCCUUUUUAAAAUUAUCAAUUUUUAAGUAGUGAAUAUUAAUCAUCUUGACCUCUAUACAUUCACAGAAAUCCCCCAUGGUAAUAUUUUCUUGACAGAUAUAAUAUAGGACUACCUCAUUUAUGACACAGAAGAUUUCAAUUUUUUAUUAGUAUGUUAGAAAGACAUUAGGAAUGAAACGAAACCUAAGUACUUGAUCAUGAUGCUCACUUGACCACUAUGGCCCACCUACCUCAGCUUUCAGUGUCCAACUAAAAGCCUGGCUUAACUCCUGCUUCAUCAGAGGGAAGCUAAUGGUGAUUCUGGGAUUAAAAGGCAAAGGAGAGCAAGUUUUGUUAAGGGGGUCAGAAUAGUAAAAUGAUUCUAAAGCGCUUUGCUCUGAUAGAUGGAUACAAAAGGAACAAAAAAGGAAUAUUAACCAAUGUGGCCUGUGGAUAAUCUAACAAAGGAAAAAAGCUGAAGAAAUAAUCUCCGUAUAAUAAUGAACACUUACUAAAAUGCUUUCCCAGUGGUUUUUUAAAUUGUGCUGGCAGCUUGGCGAUGAGGUCUUGUUUUCAUUUGUGUUUUCUGUGGCAGGAAGAUGGAUGAUUACUGACAACAGAUUGUAUGCUUGUGCCUUAACCUUACAGCUUACAUGCUGAACUGCUGUAACAGGCUCCCCUUUCCUAGAGUAUAUAUAACACAAGAGGAAAUGUGUAGAUCCAGCAGUAUUAUGUGUGUUGAAUUUUGUACAUACAUCUGAGGAAAAAAACUCACCUAUAAAAUAAUUAUUGAGUUCAAAUAUCUACUUAGAGGUAUGUAAUUUUUGUAAACACACAGGCUUUAAAUUAUGAAACUUAUAAGAAAGUGAUCACCAAAUGAAACCUGAAUGCUAAACAUAGCCCCCCCAACAUCCCUGGUCAAUGUUUCUAGCACAAAGUUAGCUGCUCAAAGCAUUCUGUAACUCUGAGGGUAUGUAAAAAAAAAAAGUAUAUUUUAUUAUACAGUUAUAUAUACACAAAGUAACUUUCUACUGCGCUUGUUUAAGUAGAUAUUUUAAGAUAUUUUUUUCAGGCUAAAAUCAGAAUUCUGGAGGUCAUCAGUCUUAAAACUUGGACAAUGAGUUACAUUAAAAAUAUUUCACACUGUUCAUCUUUCAGAUUUAACCUAAAGACUUAAAUUAGUAAGGACUAUGUCUGAGUCAGAGUCAGCAAAUCUCAGACCUCUGAUUUAUCAAGGGCUGUCAGCAUCAUGGUUGUAGCUGUGUGAUAGUCAUCUGAAAUUCCACCCAGAAUUCCAUGUGGAUUUCUGAGUCCUAAUGUACCUGUAAGUAGGAUUCAGAUGAAGUGGGGACCACAGGUUUUAAUUUAAUCCUGUUAUCUUUAUAGACUUUGCCUUAACUCUGUAUUAUGAGGAUUUGAUAAGUAUAAAUUAGAAACAUGAUACUAUCAUUUUCCUAACUAGGAAGACCAUACAUUUAGAAUCUACUAGAGUUUACUGGAUUCUCUGUUAAUUGAGAAUUCCUUUCUACUGUUAACGUGAGUUAUAUGUGGAAGGGAGAAUGGGGACUUGUUAAUGAGAAGUUCCAGUAGAGUGAGAUUAAAUAUCCCUUUAAUGAUAACUUCUGAUGUAACUGUUAAUAUAUUGUGGUUUGAGAAAUGUAAGAUUGGAUAGGCAUGCACAAUGCCGGAUACAUUUGCCAUUUGUCAGUUUGGUCUCCUGCCUGUUUAUUUUAGCCUAAAAGUUAUAGCUACCACAGACUGAACCCUGCAGUAUUAUUAAGAGAGCUUGGAUAUUUUAAGUAUGUCCUAGUAUAAUAUGACCUUUAUUCAUGCCAAUUUAUUUUAAUGUUUAUCUGAAAAGUAAUUUUAAAUUAUUUUGCAUAUUUUCAAAGUUAGAAAAACAUGCUUUUUCUUAGACAUCAAAACCAAAUUAUUCCAAGAGCAUGCUGUACACCACAGUAUAGCUCUACUCUCUCUACACAGGAUGCCAUUUUUGGUACAAUUGUUGUUUAAAUGUAGAACGUCGUGAGAAAUGAUUAUGUUGGAUUUGAUCAGUAUGCAGUAGUUUAGAAUGUGCCUUUUAAAAGUGUUUCUUUUUAAAGAGUUUAAUUUAUAAUUGAUUUUUAUAGUGUGCAAUUUAAUAUAGAGAACCAAAACCUUUUUAAUGAAGAGAGCUUUGUCAUUAUUUGGAGGAUGAGAUCAUUUUACUGUGGAACAAUGUGGUAUUCUCAGUAAAUAUAAUAAAAAUUUUAGCAAAUUCCUA